AAAGUAUUUCGUGUACUUCCUGGUUAGUAGUGGAUUCAGUGUGAUGUUGUUCGUGCUGCAAUGAAGAUGACAUUAAGGCUGCAACCAGGUGUAUUUUUGAUUAUAGUAGCGGUCAGUUUUCUGUCAGUGACAGCACAGAUAAAUCUGGCUUUACACGGAACAGUAGCACAAGAAUCAACGUAUACAUUAUCCGGCUCCGGUAGUUUAUACGAUGCAACCGUGGCAAUAGAAGGACCUGCGAAUAAUAAUUGGGAAGAUGGAUGUUCAUCUACUGGUUAUCAGGAGAAAACAUGGUGGGGUCUUUUUCUUCCAAGGCUGGCCUACAUAACAAAUGUAAAGGCUUAUUAUCGGAAAGAGGAGGCACAACGUAUGAACGAUUUCCGGUUGUAUUUUGCAAAUGAUAGUGUGUAUAAAACAACUGAACUGUGCUUUAGAGAUGAGAAAAAACAGGCACAAAGUAACCUGAAUCAGAGCAUCGAUUGUAAUCUAAGCCCUACAAGAAAUAUAUAUUUCUUCAACAGAAAUACGUAUAUCGAGUUAUGUUACAUAGAAAUAAAUGGAUGUUGGAAAGGUUUUUGGGGAGAAAACUGUACAGUACCUUGUCCACCUACAUGUAUUGAUCAACAUUGUCAUCCUGCAAAUGGGAGCUGUAUUUGGGGAUGUGACCCUAGUAAAUGUUUGCAAAAUUGUUUGGUCAGUACAGGCAUCUGCUUUGGAGGAUGUGAACUCGGACGAGCAGGACAAUAUUGUAAUAAAAAUAAUUUGGCUUACAAUCAGACAGCAAAUACAUUUCCGUUGGGUCAAAGUAACGCAGGACUUUCUGUCGAUGGACUCAUAUCAACUUGUCUUAUUUUUUCUUCUACUGCAACCAGUUCCUACUUGCAGGUUGAAUUUAUAUCUUUGAGUGCUAUUACUACAGUGCAUAUUGUUUUUGGAAGAGAAAGAACAACUUCCGAUGAUGGUCAUACAGUCUAUUGUUCUAAUACCGCUGACAAGUGGAUUGAUGGCAUUUUAUUGUACAGUGGCAAACGUUUGGACACAGACAUAACCAUAUUUGCUGUUUGCAAAUAUUUAACAUAUGUACCACCAAUGUUAAGUGGAAAUAAUACGGUCGAAUUGUGUGAGAUAGAAAUCGGUGGAUGUCCAUAUAGACGAUACGGAGACAAGUGUGAGCAAGUUUGUCCAGAAAACUGUUUAGGACAAAGACAAUGUGAUUUAAUCAGUGGAAAUUGUUUAUCGGGAUGUGCAGAUGGUUGGGUUGGUAAAAAAUGUGACCAAGGAUGUUUGAAAGGUACAUGGGGAACAAACUGCACUGAUACAUGUUCAUCUAAAUGUAUAAACCAGGAUUGUUAUCCUGGAGACGGUUUUUGUGUUUUGGGAUGUGAUCCACAAAAUUGUCGUAAUAAUAAUUGCAAUAACCAAACAAGUGUUUGUACUGAAGGAUGUGUAGAUGGAUUGGUUGGGCAGUACUGCAACACUACGUCCUGUAAGCAUAAUUAAAAAAAAUCCAUUUGUUCGCGUUUUAUAAUGUUCUAUUUGAUUGGCAUAUUGUUAUAGUAUGAUGCCUCAUCAAUUUAUAUAGCAAUUAUCAAUAUGAGUU